AUGGACUACUGUUAUGAUAAGUUCGAAUCUAGACUUCGUAAACUCAAGGAGGAUAUAAUUAGACCACAAAAUCAACAUAUUUUAUCUUUCACAAAAUUUGCUAAUAUUAAGGACGUAAAUGAAGUAGAUGGAUACGAAAUAUCUGGGAUUUGUAGCAGGUAUUAUAAAACAGUCAAAGAUAAUCCUGCAAUCCCGAAAAAAUUUCUAAGACAUCUCAAAAAGGUGGGAUCUUACUAUUCGGCUUUGGUCGAUAUCACAGCAUGCGCCUGUAAGAAAGAGUACCAAAACCAAUUUUCUAAUAUGGAUGUGGUUACGUUGAAACCCAAUAUGGUUAAUCAACCCAUCUUUUCAUGGUCGAAGAUUAUUAAAAUGGUUAUUCGUACUACCGGAGAGUAUAACAAAUUCAAGGAAAUAUGUUUGCAUGAUGAUGUUAUAUUGAAAAAAUUAGAGGAGAUAUAUGGGACAGACAAUAAAAAAAAUCCACGAUUGGACAACGAAGAAAUUGUACAACGCUUAUGUUUACAUGCUGAAAUGAACAUAUUGACCAAUAUUAUAGACCAAAAAGAUAAACGACCGGUGUUUAUAGCGGUAUCUAAGUAUUGUUGUUAUUUGUGUAAAUUAUAUAUCAAAUUUGCACAAAACAAAGGAUACCAUAUCUUCUCUUCCGGAACUCAUAAUAAGUUGUAUCAUAGAUGGAUACUUCCAGACACAAAGGAUAUCACCUUCAAAAACGAUGCCCUGAAAUUUAUAAUAGCAGAUCUUGAUCGGAUCAUAAGGAAAGAAGUAGUACAACACGUUGAUAUUAGGGCGAGAUCUGACAGUGAAGGAGAAAGUGAGAAUUCCGAUAAUGCUAAACAUGUUGAUCAUGCAAAAGUUGAUAAUUUGAUCAAAACCAGGCAAAAAAAAAAAUAA